CCCACAAGCCCCGACCGUCCACGCCCGAGUGCGUGAAUUGCCCAGGGCUUUUUUUUCCGCUGGAGGGAGUGGCGGUGGUAGGAGCCGUGUGGACUGUGUUAUCCCGUACGAACCCGGGCCGCUUGCUGCUGAUGAUGCUGCUGCUGCUGCCGAUGAUGAUGCUGAUGCCAUGGAGCUUGCUUUUGCUUCUGCCCUGCGUCCUGAAGACUGAAGCCUCCUAUGGGAACCGCCUGAAUCGCUUCAUCCGACACUACGAGGGACUCAGCUACAGCACGGAGGAGCUACAUGCCAAGCACACGCGUGCCCGUCGCGCUAUCUCCCCUCUCCAGCAGGAGCUGGCACUCACCUUUCAGGCGCACGGCAGGCACUUUGAUCUGCGCAUGAGGAGGGACACCCGGGUAUUCAGCGAUGACUUCAAGGUGCAGACAUCCCAGGGUCUGGAGGAAGCCGACACCUCGCACAUCUACACGGGCAGCCUGCACGGGGAGAAGGGCAGCCUCUGCCACGGAGCGGUGAUGGACGGACGCUUCGAGGGCUUUAUCGGUACGAGCAGGGGGACCUUCUACGUGGAGCGAGUGGAGCACUACCUUCUCGACAUGGGGACUACGUCAUCACCGCCAACUCCGACGGGGCCAUCGCCAUUCCCGGCGACGUCGUCGUCAUCGAAGUCACCGCUAUCACCGCCACCACUGCCAGCCUUCCACUCCGUCAUUUACCAUGAGGAUGAUGUAGAGUUCCCGCACAAGUACGGGCCGCGAGCGGGCUGUGCUCACGACGAUGUGCUCGAGCGCAUGCGGAGGUUCCAGGAGUCGGCCGUGGAGUCCGACUCGGCCGACUCGGCUCCGGGCGAUGGAGCGGGAGACGGGCCGGCGGCGGAGCGUGGCAAGCGGGCAGCGACGUCCUCGGCCCCCCGGAACACGUGCCCUCUCUACAUCCAGGCCGACCACACCUACUACGCCAAGUACGAGAACAAGGAGGCCGUCCUCGCACAGAUUUCCGUGCAUGUGGUUGGCAUGGAGAGGGUCUAUCAGUCGACCAACUUCAACGGCAUCAAGGACAUCAGCUUCGUGGUGAAGCGCGUGCGGAUCAAUACGACGGAGGACGCACUCGAUGUCAGCAACCCUUUUCGCUCCUCUCGCCUUGGUGUCGAGAAGUUCUUGGAUCUCAACUCGGAGCAGAACCACAACGACUUCUGCCUGGCCUACGUCAUGGCCGACCGCAAUUUCGGAGAUGGAGUGCUCGGCUUGGCCUGGGUUGGCUCUCCCACAGCGGCGUCGGGCGGCAUCUGCGAGAAAAACAAGCUGUUCUCGGACCGGACUCGCAAGUCGCUCAACACGGGCAUCGUGACGGUGAACAACUACGGGUCCCACGUGCCCCUCAAGGUGUCGAUCAUCACCAUCACCCACGAGGUCGGCCACAACUUCGGCUCGCCGCACGACUCGGAGGCUCGCUGCAUGCCCGGCGAGUCCCAGGAACGUGCGCAGAGGACGGCCGGGAACUACUUGAUGUAUCCUUACGCCCAGUCGGGUGACAAGCCGAACAACAUGCUGUUCUCUCCGUGCAGCAUCGACAGCAUCAGCAAAGUGCUCAAGGCCAAGCGCAACUUGUGUUUUAUCGAGUCGGACACGCCGGUGUGUGGGAACGGGCUGGUGGAGGAGGACGAGGAGUGCGAUUGCGGCUUUGGGGAGGAUUGCGCGGACUCGUGCUGCUUCCCCGCCAGCGCCCCCGCCGGGCAACGCUGCCGCCUGCGCCCCGACGUGGAGUGCAGCCCCAGCGAGGGCCCGUGCUGCUCGCACGAGUGCAAGCUACACGCAGCGGGAGAGCUGUGCAGGCCCGAGGCCGAGUGCUCGAAGGCCGGGGUGUGCAGCGGCGACAUGGUGAUUUGCUUGGCGUCGGAGCCCAAGGAUAACCACACGGUGUGCAACAGGGGGUCGCAGAUCUGCAUGCAGGGGCUGUGCUCAGGCUCCAUCUGCGAGCUGUACGGGCUGGAGGAGUGCCUCUGCCCCGGCGAAAGUCCUGAGGUCCAGUGCCACAUCUGCUGCUCCAACCCAGGCGAGUCUUCCUCGUGUGCCGGCACGUCGGAUGAGCGCUGGCGGCGCUACUUCAACGGGUCGCGCGUGGCGCUGCAGCCCGGCUCGCCGUGCGACGGCCUGCGCGGCUACUGCGACGCCAUGCGACGCUGCCGACGCGUCGACGCAGAGGGCCCACUCGUGCGGCUCAAGAAGGCCUUCUUCGAGGGCAAGAUCUACCUCAACGUGGUGCAGUGGGUGCAGAAGUACUGGUGGGGUGCGGCUCUCAUCGGCGUGGGCGUCGUCGUCGCCAUGAUCCUCUUCAUCGUCGUGUGCAGCGCCCACGUGCCCAGCAGCAACCCCAACUUCACCCCUCCGCGCUUCUUCUCAGCCUCGCGAGUUUCCCGUCCGACCCGCGGGAGGGACGUGCGUGCGAGGCAGCCCAGGCAGUCCAUCGAGAUGCAGUAGCGACCGCGGCCGUCGUCCGAAGACCCCGAAGGUGUCACGUUUCACGCCUGGGGCAAGGGUCGUCGUUGUGCACCACGAGGCAGUGGCUAACCGACUGUGGAGUUGGGGGUGGAGGGUGCUGGGGUGGCAUACGAGCUGUGGGGAGACGGGGGUCAGGCUGGGGUGGUGGUUGUACCGCGUGUUUCUCACGGAGAGCAUCCUUGCUCAACAUUUGGCAGUUCGCCAGCGAGCCUGACACAAUCAAAACCGGUCCGGAGUUUGCUUGUAUUGAACCAAUUUUGCUGAAAUUAUGCACUCCUAGGAGGCCGUGUGGCUGGCGUGAUGUGUAUUUAUUUUGUGGAGGGAUGGUUGCGGGUCUUGUUUGCUCCCCUCCCCUUUACCCCCACCAGAUCCCCCCAACCCCCCCUCCUCUUUUAGGCACCCGCCCAACCCCACUGUGGCACCACCUAUGGCUCACAUACCCUGGGUGACCAUUGGAAUUUAUAUAGCUUGGUUCUCACACUGCCUAUGGACAAUAGCGCGAGGCAUUGAAAUUCUCAAAGUGUGCGCAAGUCGCUCCGUGGGUUUGCCUCACGGUCAGCAACUUUUCGGCCCAUCGAAGGUACGGUUUUGUUUGGGACUGAUCGUAGUUGGCAAAACGUGGAGCGAUGCUCCAUCGUAAAUUAUGGGAGCCAACGGUCAAACACGUCGCACAUGUGGAGCUGGGUUCGCGGGCGCCACGGUGGAGAGAUGUUAACCAGCUCGCCUGGUCUACAGGAGGUCGUGAGUUUAAUACCAACCCUGACACCUGCUGUACAUUUAGAAUUUGCAUGGUCUCUCUCCCCGCGGUCGCGUGGAUUUUUCUCCGGGUCCUCUGGGUUAUUCCUCUACUCGAUUUGAAGCUUUCGUGACUGCAAGGAUUCAUACUCUUAGGUUUUUUCGGUAAAGUCACGUAGGUAAAAAAUCAAAUUAAAAGUUAAUAAAAGUAAUAAUGGAAAUAAAAUAAAAUAAUAAAUCACGACGUUUCGGAGGCAACACAAGUCUCCGUCAUCAGGUGGGACCGUCACAGCUAAAAUU